AUUCUGAAACAAAAUCUGCGCGUAAGAAGUCGUGUUUACGGAAAAUAUUCGUUGGGUGUAAUUGAUAAUAAAUGAAAAAAAAUGUAUAAAUAUUUAUAAAAUCCCAUAAAUAAAAGCCUUAGAAUUGUUGAAAAGCAUUAAAAAACAACAUUAACAAAUACCAUAACAAAAUAAAGUUGUUAGAAAACCAAACUGGUGGGUUAGUUGUGGAAAGAAAAGAAAGAAUAGCCAGUGAAGUGAAUGGUUAAAUAAGAAUUGAGAGAGCAAACUACAUACUAAAAUAACAUAAAAAAAUAUCUGUAUGUGUUUAAAAAUAAAGAAUCUGUGUUAAUAAUUAAAUAAAAACAUUCCUACAGCUUUUUGUUUAAACUUAUUGUUUAACGGCCCAAAGCUUAAAUAUUUUAAUAAUAUUUACAUAUCAGUGUAACUAAGGGACGGCAAACUUUACUCUUCGAGACGGGUAAAUCACAAUUUGGCUACAUUACGCUCUUCCACGCUUACAGAUAUUGGGGGAACAUUUGAUUUUAUUUUUUAACUGCUGCACAUAAUUAAACUUACGUUUUCCUAUUUUUAUUAAAUGAUGGAUCAUUCACAACAUACACUGGAAAAUCAUGCCGAUCACUCAAUGCAUCAUUCAAUGCAUGAUCAUGCCACAAUGGAUCAUUCUGCUAUAAUGUCGACUACCACAACCACAACAGAAAUGCCCGCCAAUGUACACAUACAUCAUGAUGUAAACAGUGUACAUCAUCAUCAUGCUGCCGCCGCUAGUGGUGGUGAGAGUAUGUUGCAUCAUGCCAUGUCGAUGGCGUUCCAUUUUGGUUGCAAUGAAACAAUUUUAUUUGAAUGGUGGAAAAUAGAUAGUGUUGGUGGUUUGUUGGGUUCCAUGUUGGCCAUUUUCAUAAUGGCUGUUUUGUAUGAGGGCCUUAAAUACUAUCGGGAAUUUUUAUUUUGGAAAACCUAUAAUCUCUUGGAAUAUCGUCCUGUCACCGGUCCCCAGGCAAAUCCAGAAGCUGGCCAACGACCUGCUCCACAACCCAGUGCUUCACCUGUACAAUAUGUCGGAGAAGUUAUACACAAACAACCUCCCACGAUGUUUUCGUUACAUCAUUUCUUCCAGACAUUUUUACAUAUAGUGCAGGUCACUGUAUCAUUCCUGUUGAUGUUGAUUUUCAUGACCUACAAUGUUUGGCUUUGUAUAGCGGUAGUUUUGGGAGCCGGUGUCGGCUAUUUCCUAUUCUGCUGGAAAAAGUCAGUGAUUGUUGAUGUCACUGAACACUGCCACUAGCAAUGUGCAAUAUGCGUCUGAUAUAUUGCACUAAUCAAUAGACAUUUAACGUCAACGAUGAUGGCCAACAUGUCAGUCGGAGAAAAGACAUCAAUGCCAGCAACAAUAGAAACAGAAAUGUCGAUGAUGAAGAUAAAGAUGAUGAAAACAGAAGCGGAGGAUAAAAACUUAAAAACAUAUUAUAAUAAUAAUGCAAGAAAAACAAAAGCCAAGGCAACAAAAAUAAACUGUGAAAAUGAUAAGCAACAUCAACCAGAACAGCAAUUGCAAUAUAAUAGACAACAACUAGAUUAUAAUUAUUAUGAAUUUAAAAAACAUGGAAUUCCAAGAGUUCAAAACCAAUACAAUGAUGAUGAUAAAGAUUAUGAUAAUGCUAAUAAUGAAACAAUUACUAUCGAUAACAUGACCAUAACCAAACAAAUGGACACCAACAUCAAUACUUCUCUUACACCCACUACGACUUCCAGGCAUAUUAGUAGUAGUAGCAACACUUGCAUGGUGAUUUCUAGUGUUAAAACUACAAAUCCCAUGAUGAUGGUCAAUGGUUGUGGCAACAUCGGUGCUAAUUGCUCAAAUUGUCGAAAUAUUAAAAUUCUUUUAAGACUAAGUUUAAGAUAUUUUUAUGAUAUAAACUGUGAAUUUGUAAAAAAUAUUAUAUAAAAAAAAUAUGAAAUUAACUAUUAUUAUAGAAAUUAUAAACCAACAAAUGUAAUAAUAAAACUAUAUAAAUAAAUAAUAUUAUACAUUUUAGUAUUUAAGUCAGAUUUUUCUUAAGUUGAGAAUAUUUCAAACUUUAAAAUAUUUUCAGCAGAUAAACUAAAAAAAUAUAAAAUUUCUUAUUAUAUAUACAAAAAUAUGGCUAAAUGAACUACAACAAAAAAAAAAA